UUUCGAAAUACUUGACAGCCCCCGUUUAUAAAUCGGGCUUUCAAAAUAUUGAGGUUUAAAGAUUAUACUUUCGAAAUACUUUGGAAAUUUUGCUCAUAUAUAGAAGUUUGCUGAAAAUCUUUCACAUUCAAAGAAAUUAUUUAACAUGGUGAAAUACAAUGGAUUUUCUCACAACCUUAUUAUAAUUAUUUUUGUUGGUGUGUUCUGUACCAGUGAAAUAUUGGUGUCUGCGUUAGAUUGCCAGUCAUGUACCCACAUACAAUACAGAUUCGUGAAAGCAGAUCUGAUAGAAUCUCUGAUGAGCAGUGUCCUUGGCGACAUUGAUUUCACUGACGCCGCUUGCAAGAACGACAAAGCCUCCCGACAGUACUGCUCCGAUCCCUGGGGUAGUGAUAUCCCAGCUUGUGCAAGUUCAACACUCACAGUGAACGCUACGGGCAUAAGACGACUUGGAUAUUAUGAUGCCCAGAUGAUUAUUGAAAUCGUGUCAAGACGAUGUGGCUCCCUCUCAUCCGGCCAGACCGACCACUGCACGCCCAUUUCACACCUGAAUGAGAUCCAGUCACAGACCGUCAAUGUUGGCGCCUUUGACCGGCUGACUCGCAGGUUUGACUCAGUCACUUACCAAGGUCAGGAAUGCUACACCGUGGAACCCAAAACCAAACCCCCGCCUACCACCCGAAGGAUUACAAGCACGUAUCGGACUACAACUACACCAUUGACUAAUGGCGGACAACGACCGACACUUCCGUUCACGGUUGUGCUGACUCUGUUACAUUUAUUGGUACUAAUCUAUAGCUGGUGUUGUUAAAGGGACUAGACACCAGAUGAUACAAUUGCAAAAGAAAAAGAAAAUUGUCAAAGACUUACAUAAAAUUGACAUCAUUGUGUACAACGCAUUGAAUCGUACUUACUGAUCUAUCACAUUGCUUACGACACAUGAAUCUUUUGCAGUUUUUGCGCAUUUUUCGAAUUCAAAAUUUACUGGGGUUGUCUACCACGUAAAUCAGAGCGUCGGUUUAUUUAUCUAAACUCAUUAACAGAGUUAAACUGGGAAACCAUUAUGCGCUAUUUUUAAACGGGGAAACACAGAUGAGACAGCAACAUGCAUGAUAGCAACAUGUUUGUUGCGUUUAUUAUUUAAACCAUCUAAAGUGAUGUAUUUUCGCCCUCCUAAUAGCUCGCAUUGACAGUUCUAGGUUU